UAGUCGCAGUUGUCGCAGAUUGUUGACGUGUUGAAAUACAACACCAGUUCCUGAGAUAACCCACACAUUCCCGCGAGUGCAUUCUAAAGUAAUUGAUUCGAACGCUCGAAUUCCACCGAAAGUGUCGGUUCAAGACAAAAAAAUAUAAAAAAUUAAUGCUAACGUUAAUUGAAUAAUUUAUAAAAAAUGGAGUACAUUAAAGCGGUAUCCCGACUCCUCUUUUCAGAGCAGUGCCUUGACGAGUAUUUUACGAAUUUGAAUUUUUUACACGUUCAGUGCUUUAAGGCCACUCUCAGCAAAAGUCUCGGCCUUGCGAUCAUUGCGGGCUCCUUAAUGGUCAAAGUCCCUCAAGUUGUGAAGAUUUACAACAGCAAAAGCAGCGAGGGAAUAAAUUUUACAAGUGUCCUUUUAGAUUUAUUCGCCAUCACUGCGAUGAUAUCGUACAGUUUUGUCAGCGGUUUUCCAUUCAGUGCCUGGGGGGACGGCGUAUUUUUGGGGAUUCAAACUCUCGCUAUAGCUGUACUCGUUCUACAUUACCGUGGAGACACAGUUAAAGCAACUGCCUUUUUCGCUGGAUACCUGGCAGUAAUUACUGCAGUCGUUACUGGAUUAACUCCAUUGAACAUAUUAUGGGGCGCCCAAUCACUCACCAUUCCUAUUGUCCUAAUCAGCAAGCUAUGUCAAGCACACACAAACUACAAAAAUGGUAGUACGGGACAGCUAUCAGCGGUGACGAUGUUCAUGCUUCUGUUCGGUUCAAUGGCAAGAAUAUUCACAUCCGUCCAGGAAACGGGCGACACCAACAUGAUUAUUAUGUACGUCUGCUCCACCUCUGCAAAUGCGAUUAUUGUUUUCCAGUUACUCUACUACUGGAAUGUUGAUGUUGAGAAGAAGAAGAAGGCGAAGAAGAUUAAAUAAGCACUGAUUGACUCUAGUUAUAUUGUUACAUUUCAUUUUCACGUUUUAAUAAUAUCUUCCAGUUCAACACAUAGUUCGAUAAUUGUAAAUUAAUAAAGAGUAAUGAAUUUUAAUUGA